UUGGUUAUUAUUCAGGUUUUGGUUCUUCUCACUAUUUAUUGACCGUUUCUCAUUUACGUUUCAAUCGUUCCUCCGAUUUAUUGCCAUUGUCCCAGCAUUUUUGGAACAAAUGAUUCUAACAUGUUUUGAAAGGUCCAAUAAAACCGUGAGACGAAUUCAAACUAUUUCAAGAAACAACCAAAAAUACGGAAAAUAGCCAAAAAAGCCCUAGGAAGCCCUGUAUAAAACUAGAAAUCAUAGGCCUCUUUUUUCCUAUUCUGUACAAACGAUUGAUGUUCCAAUUAGAUUCUAAUGUUCAAACUAGAUUGGCUUACGAUUAAUUACGCUGAAGCUUUCUGACUGGUUUUCCGAAGCCUGAUAACGAAUGAGUGACAUUUUCAAACAGAAGUAGAUGAUGGAUGAGUUGACAGAUUGUUAUUUAUUAGUCCCACAAGUCCUGCAAGUCCUACAACAUCGAUCAGGAGCAUGAUGAAAUCGUAAAUGUAUGCCCACCUCCUUAAUGCUAUGCACACGAUUGUGCUCCUAAACCGUUUGAUGUUAAUCUCGCGAUCUCCAUUACAGCAUCAUCCUGAGCAGCAGCACGCUUCGAAGCGUUCGCUUCACCUCUAUCAGCAGCUGAUCGGAAACGGUCCACUAAACGUGCGAAAACGAUCAGAUUAAGUAACGGCCGUAUCAUGCGCACGAAUCAACGGCCACGCACAUAAGCCACCGCCAACCUCAUCAUCGAUCUCUCUGGUAGUUGGAAAUGAUCUGACCGGCUAGACUCGACACACAGAAAGCUAGCUGCCGCCCUUUUGCUGGCCGGUUUGAUAAUGCACACAACACACACACCCCCCAAUCGGUCGCCGUUUGUUGUUUCUGUGGUGCUCAUUUUGCAAAAAUUGACGUCAAUCGAAAGGGAGGGGACUGAGGGUUUUGUUGUUUAUUGUUUCUUGUGCUUUCUGUGGUGUGUUUUUGCUUUCGAAAGUCCCAUUAUCUGGAGCACCGAGAGAAAGAGACACAGGGCAGAGCAUAAAAACCAACAAACACUUGACAAGUCGCGCGAUCCGGGCAGUUCCAUCAGCCAGCCAAUAAGCAUGGAUAGAAACACACCCGUGCCGUUGGGGGAAAGCCCUGCCCGUGGCACUAUCUCAAAUCACAGGGAAAGACCCACACAGCCAAAGCGGGGAAUGCCGGGGGCAUGUCCCGGGAUAAUGUCAGCUGUAAUCAGAACCCUCUGCUGCGCUGACUUUAUAAAUAACUGUAAUCAUUUGGGGGAUUGUACCCACCCCGGGUGGGGGAGUACACCGUGUCCAAGGUUAAUUAUGAUGAGGGGCCGGUGUGUUUUUUUCAUAGGUCGCGACCUUAAUAUCAGACAACAAGUAUCAAUAACAAAUGGUGUUUUGAAUUAUUUAUAGAUAUCCCUUUUUCACCUUCGCGGUGACUUUUCGCCUCAUUUCGAAGGUGUCAUCCCGAUGGAAACGUUACUUUGAGCGUACGAACGAUCCGAAAAGAUGCAAAAAAUCACCUUCAAAGGACUAACGCAACGUGUAAUUGAUAAGAACGGGGAAUUCUUCAAGGCUCGUCCAUCUUUUCGUGCCGAAUUCCAAUGCCGUAGUUGGUUCGGCAAACAGUUGCGAGGGCUUUGCGACAUUACGGCCCUUCACGGGUACAGCCAGAUCGUGCGCGAUGGAUACAGCAUGGUGGAACGAACCGUGUGGACCUGUGCCGUCGUUGCGUCGACCAUCAGCGCCAUCACGCUGCUCAUGAUCUCGUGGUCUUGGAGCGUCGAAACACCGACCGUAACGGUUACCGAGUCAACAAACUAUCCGACCUGGAACCUUCCCUUUCCCGCCGUGACGGUGUGCAAUCUGAACAAGAUCUCGGCAUCGGCCGCCCGGUCCCGCGCCGAGACGAUGCGUCGCCCGGGCAACAUGACGGUGGACGAGCUGACGGAGCUGUUUCGGUUGUUUCUGCACGUGACCGGUCUGGGGGAUCCCGACCCCGUUCGCUACCGACUUCUGCAUGACAUUAUGCUGAUGAACAAUCUGGAGAUACCACAGUUGAUGGGUGAAUUCACCCCGCCCUGUAGUACACUGCUCGAGCGCUGCAUGUGGAAGGGUACGCAGUGGCGCUGUGACAACCUGUUCCAGGUGGUGAACAGUACGGAAGGGUUGUGCUGCUCCUUCAACUACUACGGACUGCUGAAGGACAACUAUCCGAAGAAGAUUACCGUGAGUGUGCCGAAGGAUCCGAGACGUGUGAUGGCGAGCGGGUACCAGACGGGCCUCUCGAUACUGCUGCAACCGCAUGCGGAAGACUACCACUCGACCGAUGUCGCCUCGUACGGGUUUAAGGUGAUGAUCCACAGCUCGUACGACUAUCCGGAUAACGAUGCGGAAAUUAAGCUCGUGUUGGCGGGGACGGAAUCGUUCAUUACGCUCAUGCCGACGGCAACGUACGCCACGGACGAUGCGCUCGAUGUGGCGCCGUCCGUGCGCAACUGCUACAGCCGGCAGGAGCGCGUGCUCGGUGUGAUGCAGCGCUACUCGUACGUGAACUGUAUGGUGGAGUGUCGGGCGGCAAACAUCUACGCCAAGUGUGGCUGCGUACCGUACCAUCUGCCGAACAAUGGGUCGAUGCGCAACUGUGAGAUGAAGGACAUGGAGUGUGUGGUACGUGCGCGAGAUCGCUACGUGACGGCCGUGCCGACGAGGAACGGUUCCGUGGAGCGGCUAUCUUACGGGAGUGUUGUGGCGCCCUGCGGAUGUUUGCCCGGGUGCGAUAAGGUGCAGUACCCGUCCGAGAUGGUAACGGGCAGGAUGAAUCGGUCGUUCUCGUUUAACGCCAUAUCGUUUUUCAAAGACAUCCAGUUGCAUAAUCAAAGCUUGCUGCACAUUUAUCUGGCCGAUCUGACCGCGACACACUUCCGGAUGGACAUUUAUCAGGACUCGUUGGGUGUUUUGGCGUCCUUUGGUGGGAUUUUGGGACUUUUUCUCGGCUUUAGUAUAAUUACUGGCUUUGAAAUGGUUUACUACUUCUCCAUUCGCUUGCUGUUUGAUGCGAUUGCGAAGAAGAGCGACAAACGGAAUGCGUCCAGCGCGGGUCAGCAUUGAAGCGUUUUCGGUCGCUCAGAUUGCAUACAUUUAGGCGUAAACUUUGAAGGUGUGCUUUGGGAUGAGCUUUAUGAAUUUCGCUUUAGCAGGGGACGUUAAUUUGAUGCAGUUGAAUCUCUUAAUUAGGAGUGGAAAAUGUCGGUUUGAUUGCAUUAAUUUGGUAUGUUUUAUGUUUGCACAUUUACACAUUUAUUAACCGAAUUAAAUGAUACAAACACAAUA